AUGGACGAGAACAUCGGACCUCGCCCAUCGGGUCAUGCUUCCAUGCCACCAACAGCUAAUUCCAGCUUGCUGGCAAACUUCCUACCAUACGAGCCCAUCUCACGAGCCACGUCGCCUGGCAUUCCUUAUCCCAAGACUGGCACCGACGAAGAUGAUAAGAAACGUUAUCGGGCCCGAACCUUUGCCUACUUUUCGCAGCUUCCAUUCGAGGUGGAAGAGGAGGCACAGCGCGAUGCCGCUCUCCAGGGAAUUCUAAAGCAACUAUACAUUGCUGUUCGAGCUGAAGACUUCUCUCCGGGCGCUCUCCAUUGGACGAAGGAGCUCCAGGGAUGGCUCACUCUCAAGUUUGAGAUGACCAGGGAACAGAGGGCAAAGCUAGCCAAGCUCUAUUACUCUCUUGCACUGGCUCCAGGCUUAGAUGCGACAGCCUCUGAUCGCUUCUUGCGCAUGGUCUUGUCUCUGACAAGGAAAAACCAUUACCUAAAGCCAGGUGAGGAUCUUGUUCUCGAAUGGAGACCCUUGUGGAACGAAAUCAAAGCGUGGGUUCUACCCUCAGAGGUCCCAGCCCAUCAGAGCAACCGCAAACGUUCAGCGAAGCAACUACUCAAGCUCUGCACCCAUGCCCACACAUACUUCGACCCCUCCGAGCGCCGGGCUAUGUUGGAAGAGUUUUUGCCUUUCUUCAGCGUCAACGAGUUGCCAAACGCAUUCAUCGUCGCAGGCGUUCUGAAUGCUCUGCUGCCAAGUCAUCCUGCCCCUAUCAACGAACCUCAGUCACAGCCAGCUGAUAUUUUCCCUACACUUUUCCAUCUAUGGUCGAUAAUAAAUCGAUCCAAGGCUUUUGAUAUCUUCUUCAUCGACUUGCUGUCCCGUAUCGCCAGAGAUCAUAUAGCCUGCUCCUAUGUUCCAUUCGGUAGCCAUGGCAUCUUUUCUAAAGACCAGUCCGACCUCAUUUUCACGGCCAUUCUCAGACUCACACAGAUUCCUGUGGGCCAGGCCAAUUCUCCGUACACGCCUCUCGACUAUCUUUCGGGUGCUGGUAUAUACGUGGAGAAAGAUAAGAAGAAAUACCCAGUAGCUUACAUGAUCUCCCGUUUGAUUGUGAGCUCCUUGUCUCCAGCUUGCUUGAAGAAUGAAGACUCGAUUAUAUCUCAUUUGGAGGGAUUCAUGGAGUCUAUUGACACCUUCUUCCAUCCCUCGAACCAGGGUUCGUGGACCACGAUGCUUGGUCAAUUAACCCUUUACCUUACCGAGGCGUUCGUCUCACGAUGGAAUCGCGAGCAAAGCGGUGAGUUGGAUCUUCCAGAGGAACGCAAGAUCAACGAUGAGUUGAAGAGGCGCUUUGUAAUGGCGCUCAAAGAAGUGACUUUCAUGGGACUGUUUUCGAAGAGCAGCCGAGUCUCGUAUUACUACUACAGUGCUUUGCAAGGUCUUGCCUAUCUUGAGCCUGACCUGGUGCUACCAGGGGCACUACAACGCUUUUACCCCAGUCUUCAGGGACUAGUGGAGGUGCACAGAACCACGUCAAGCUUGAACGGAUUGCAGAUGAUUGCCAAUGUCAUGUCCAAGAACAAGGGAUACAGAUGUCAUAUCACUGCUCUUCUGGCGCUCGCCCUUCCAGGCAUCGAUGCAAACGAUUUAAACAAAACCCAAUACACUCUCAACUUCAUCCAAAGUGUUGCUUACAGCAUUCCUAUGGUACCCUUGGUCAAGGAAGGUAGUCAUAUACAUGAUACCGCAUUAGCUAUGGAGUGGGUUCAGGGCCAGAUGGAUCGCAUGGAGCGUGAGGGUCAAAAUGUAAAGUUUGACUACAAGAACGAGCUUAGUGAUGAAGAUGAGGCCAAUAUCCUGAGGUCCUCGACUACUGGGUUUGGCGAGUUCAUCUUAACUUUGCUAGGAAAAGUGUUUACUCUGCUUGAGAACCUGCCCGAUGCCAACCAAGUUCGAGGAGGAACUCCUGAGGACAAUGUCAUUAAUGCUUUGCCGGCUGCGUUAUCGCCGAUCUUCGCCUCGUUGUCACCUGAGCUCUUUGACAUGGCCCUUGAUAAGGUGGCCACCUUUGUGUCGAGCCAUGUGGUUCACCAAGCCCGAGAUGCGAUGGCGUGGAUCUUGAAUGCGCUCUGCAAGGUCAACCCUGAGAAGACUCUCAAGGUCUUCAUUCCCAUGCUAGUUGUCAACAUCCGCAACGAAAUUGACUACAACAACGCCGCAUCUGAUCGAAGCAGUGGAACGGACUACCUCCCCAGAGAUCGAGCCCUGGUUUGGUAUGUCAGCAUGUUGGCCAUGGCUGUUGUGCACGUGGGCAGUGAGGUGUUGAAGUACAGGGACGAACUUCUCGGUAUUGCCGACUACAUGCAAGAGAAAUGCCGUGGCUUGCCUACCAUCCUGAUCUCCAAUUAUAUACAUCAUCUUCUCCUGAACUUGACCCACACCUACCCCAUUGACCAUGCUUUGUAUGAGCCUGAGGUCAUUCAGCGUGGACUCGACGUCGAUGAUUGGGGAAAGACCACUGCUCCGGCAGACCUCAGCAUUCGAUGGCAUCAACCCUCGCCAGCUGAGAUUGACUUUGCUGUUGAACUAUUUGCAUCCCAGACCAAAUCUGCCAAAGACCAACUUGAGCUCCUAAUGAGCGAUAACCCACCUGUAAGCAGGACGGGCAAGAACAAGGAGUGGUCAGAUGAGGUCUCUCGCCUCAUGCAGCAAAUCCGACUUGUUACAUCCGGCAUGGCCACCAUGUUUGACCCUGAGCGUGCCGCGGGCAUCAUGACCGGCAAUACCGAGGACGAUCACGAUGUGGCUCGCGAGGAUGAUGAUGAGAUGAUGAUUGACGAAGACCCCCUUGCGGAAGUCGCGGAAGACGAAGAACUGCGUCCGCAAUUUCGCUACAAAGCAGGAUAUGCGCUCAAAUUCAGCGACCCUGCCUAUAGCCGAAUUCAUGACCUACGAGAAGAACUGGGCCAUCUACUGACUAAAACCCACUCUUUCCUGAACGAAAAUCAAGAAGAUGAUGUGAACUCCUUCACUGCUCUGUAUGCUGCCUAUCGUACCUGGAUUACCGAUGUUGGCAUUGAGCGUUCUGCCCAUCCUCUCGAAAGGCAUGUGCGACUGUACAAAUCUGACAUUGCCGCUUUCAAGAUCAAAGGUCUUAGAAAAGUUUAUCCUCGUCCCCUUCUCAUUAAACGUGCCGAGGCGUAUCAGCUUUUGCGCCUUGCGCAGAGUGCCCAGGACUCAUCGCUCAAAUCGCUUAUUGGCAGCAAGCCGCUGGUGAUUCCUGUUAUUCUGGAACGUCUCAGGAAAGCACUCGAUGCGAACGACCAUGACAGAAUUAAAGGAGGCAUGUAUACGUUGUUGUUCACGUCUCUCCUGAGAACUCUUGUCAAGGAUUGGCGAUUUGCUCCUGAAGCUAUGCGCUUGUACAUCGAGACUGCAGGUAUCGACAAACCUUCGAUUCAGAACCUGGGCUCAUCAGCUCUAUAUACGCUCAUCGACUUUGGCAAGCCCUUCGAGCGUAUGAUAAUUGUUAACGAUGAGCUGGUAGAUACAAUCAAACCUACCGCUGAUGUGUCAGCGGCUAUCGAAAGCCGGCACCAGUUCAUUCUGCAACGCCGAACAAGGGUCGAGAAGUCCAAGGCCAGUCUAGGGCUGGAGCUGACGCAACGUGCCAAGGGUGCUCACUGGAAGAUAGCCACCCGUUGUGCAGUCUUUGCCACCAACUUGUGCCUUCGAUUCCAUACUGUGGCACCUCCUGAGUUUAUCGAUCUUGUCGCUCAAGGCACAAACGAUCCUCAUCCUAGCCUCCGUGGCUACUACUUGAGCGCGUUCACUUCUGUUUUUACGGCAGUGGAUAUGAGGGCUGUCUACGGUCAUGACUACCGUAACUACCUUCUUGAAAAGGAAGUAGGUGAUAGAAACCGUGUUCAGGUUGCUGUUGAAAAGGGUGACACUGAGUUCACCUACAACUUCCUUGAAGCUUUCAAGCAACCUGAAGGGGCUUCAUAUAUGGUCGACGCUGAUCACCCUGGUUGGCUUGUAUGGGGCAAGAAGUUUACGGCUUACCGUGCAAAGCCACUUCCUUUCAACGCCUACGACGAAGUUGAAAGCGCGUUGCGCGAUCAGAUGGGACAGAUACUGAACCGCGACUGGCUGUCUGAGUGCUUCAGCUACCUAAAGCAGGAACCACGAGACACGACUACGGACAGGUUUCGCAUGAGUAACGUGUAUCUGUUGAUGCAUGUCUUCGACUUGAUGCACUAUGGGAAAACAGCAAUCACACUUGAUGAUGUCAAGGAGCUGGUCAAGGAAGUUUUUGGUGAUGGUAACGACAAGCACCAGCACAGAGCAACGUCCGAAAUCAUUGGUGCUUUGCUCGCAGGCUCUAGCGACGACCCGCCGGAAAUUCGCAACCUUGUCUGGGAGUAUGCUGCGCCAUUCAUGCUCAAGAUCUUCGCCGACGAUUUGACCCCUGAUAACCUGCAGUACUGGCUCACAUGUCUUCAUCUCGUGCUCGAUUCUAAAGAUCCUCGCCGGUCUCACGAAAUUGUUGACACACUAAGGGCUUUCAGACUUGACAUGACGUCUAAUGCAGCUUUUAAGGAAUCAUCAAAGGUGCAGCUACUUGAAUUUAUUGUUGCAGAUGGCGGUUGGCACUUCCGACAUGACCAGCCUAUUCUCGACGAUUUUCUUGCUCACAUUGACCAUCCCUACAAGGCAGUUCGCGAAGCCAUUGGUCGAGUGCUGUCGGUCAUCUACAAGACUCGAUACCAUGAGUCAUUUGAGAAUGUGAGCAAACUUUUGGAGCAGAAUAAGGCUGCUUCGACAACUGGUAUCAGACCCUAUCAACCAACAGAAGAGUUUGCAGCAACUAUCAAGGACGUCUUUAGCCGACUUGAAAAAUGGCGCCAUGAAAGAACACCGGGCCAGCAGACACCCAGCUCGUAUACCUCAGGCUCCAAGACUGUUCUCAUGUGGUUAGACUGUACACUUUCGUCUCAUGAAUGUAUCCAGCUUGUACCUUUCUUCCCUACCCCUUUCAUGGAAGAAUUGCUGCAUAUGAUGGACGUCAAGGAAGACCCUGAGCUCAUGAGACUUGCGUAUCAUGUUUACCGCCAUCUACCAAACAUCCCUUUCCGGGAUGGUGAGGACGCGGAAUUCAUCGAUGCACUCAUUCGCAUUGGCAAGACGUCGACCAGCUGGCAUCAAAGGCUGCGCGCCUUAGUAAACAUGCAAGUCAUUUACUUUAGACGCAUCUUUCUCACACGAAGCGCCCAAAGGGAGGCACUCUUUACCGCUGUGUCUGAUAUGCUAGGAGACCCUCAACUUGAGGUGCGUUCGUGCGCGUCAACGACACUGGCUGGCAUGAUUCGCUGCUCGCCGCGUCGUAUUCGAGAUCCAACAAUUGCACACCUCAAGGCUCGUUUCGAGGAUGAAUUGGAGCGUAACCCAAUGCCGAAACGUAACCGCCAUCUCGCUGGGACAGAUACCCCGGUUGACAUCCAUAAGCAAAUCACGCGACGUCAUGCAGCAAUACUUGGGUUGGGUGCCUUGAUUGAGGCGUUCCCUUAUGCCACUCCUCCGCCUGAAUGGAUGCCAGAAGUGCUAGCAAUGCUGGCUCGCAAGGCAGCUGCCGAUCCUGGGGUUGUGGGCAAAGCGACCAAGACAAUUCUUAGCGAGUUCAAGAAGACAAGACAAGACAGUUGGACCGUUGACCAAAAGUAUUUUACUUCCGAACAGCUGGAGGACCUUGAAGGAGUACUCUGGAAGAGUUACUUUGCCUAA